AUGGAGGUGACCGGGAUAUCAGCGCCCACGGUGACUGUUUUCAUCAGCAGCACCCUCAACAGCUUUCGCAGUGAAAAGCGGUACAGUCGCAGCCUCACCAUCGCUGAGUUCAAGUGUAAACUGGAGCUGGUAGUGGGCAGUCCUGCUUCGUGUAUGGAGCUGGAACUCUAUGGACCGGAAGACAAGUUCUACAGCAAACUGGACCAGGAGGAUGCACUCUUGGGCUCGUACCCUGUGGACGAUGGCUGCCGCAUCCACGUCAUUGACCACAGCGGUGCCCACCUUGGGGAAUACGAGGAUGUGUCUAAGGUGGAGAAAUACAAAAUAUCCCAGGAAGCCUAUGACCAGAGACAAGACUCAGUUCGCUCCUUCCUGAAGCGCAGCAAACUAGGCCGAUACAACGAAGAGGAGCGGGCGCAGCAGGAGGCUGAGGCUAACCAGAUUCUCAACGAGGAGAGGACCCAGGCUGAUGCCAUCUCUGUGGGCAGCCGCUGUGAGGUGCGGGCGCCUGGACAGCCCUCUCGCCGGGGCACUGUCAUGUAUGUAGGACUCACAGAUUUCAAGCCUGGUUACUGGAUUGGUGUCCGCUAUGAUGAACCACUAGGAAAAAAUGAUGGCAGUGUGAAUGGGAAGCGCUACUUCGAAUGCCAGGCCAAAUAUGGCGCCUUCGUCAAGCCAUCAGCUGUGACGGUGGGAGACUUUCCUGAAGAGGACUAUGGUUUGGACGAAAUGUGA